AGGGAAGUAGCGGGGGUGGGGGGUUGCUAGGAGACCAGCUGGUUACCUCGCAAACAGUUGCGGCCACCGGCGGGAGGAGCGGCGGCUGAUGCCCCGGGACCAUGGCCGAGGACGAGGAGGACAUCGCGGCCGGGCCGGUCUGUUCCUACCUGACCUACAAGUCGGAGGGAGACCGGCUGUACCGGCGGGGCGAGUACGAGAAGGCCGUUCAGAGCUACACCCUGGCCCUUCAACGGGAACCGAAAAACAAGAACUGUCUGGUGGCUCGAUCUCACUGCUUCCUGUUGAUGGGAAACACUGCUGCGGCCUUGAAUGAUGCUGAGGCCUCCCAGACGGAGAGUAAGGAUUUCCCCAAGGGGCUUUAUCGAAAGGCCGAGAGCCUGUACGCCAAGGGCGAGUUUGAGCUGGCCUUGAUGUACUAUCACCGCGGGCACAAACUCCGCCCGGACGACCGCCUGUUCCGGCUGGGAAUCCAGAAAGCCCAGGAGGCCAUUGCCAACUCGGUCGGCAGUCCCUCCUCAGUGAGGCUGGAUACGAAAGGCGACCUGUCCUUUUUCUACAGAAAGGAGGAGAAAGUGGUCCCGAAAACGAAGUCGCAGCUGCGGCGACAGAAGCUGAACCUGAAGCAGCCGCAGGCCAACCUGGACCAGGUGGAGCCCAAGACCAACCGGACGGUCAGAGUGCUGCUGGGCGAGCUGUACCGCGACAAGGAGUACCUGGAGAAGCUGCUACUGGACAAAGAGCUGAUGAAGACGAACACGGAGUCCGGCGGGACGAUCCAGGACCUGAUCGCCGGCGGGAUCUCGUUCCUGGACGCGCAGACCGAGUUCUGGCGGGAGCAGAAGCCCAUCUUCGCCCGGGAGCGCGAGCGGCGGCUGAAGGAGCAGGAGUGGAAGAGCCACCGGCUGCCGACCCAGGAGACCGCCGUCGUCCUCAAGAGGGUCGCGGAGAUCGACGCCUUGUUUGCUGACGGCCGGGCCAGCGAGUGCAUGCGGAUGGCCACCGAGCUGCUGGACACGCUGAGGGGGUGGACGACGAGGGAGGUCCCCAGCAAGGUGGAGUUCCUCGCCCACCUGUACAACACCAUCGGAAACGCCCAGGUUGAGCUGGGAGACGUGGAGGGCGCCAUGAAAAGCUACCAGAAGGACCUGCACAUCUCGAGGAAGUACGAUAACACAGACGGGAUCUCGAGGGCCUUGGACAACAUGGGGAGAGUCUACGCGAGGACUGGAGAAUUUGAAAAGGCCACAGAAGUGUGGUUGGAGAAGGAGCCACUGACCAAAUCUAGUUUGGAGCGUACUUGGCUCUUCCACGAGAUUGGACGCUGCUACCUGGAGCUGAAGUAUCACGAAGGGGCUCGGGAUUACGGUUUAAAAUCCCUGGCGUCGGCGGAGAAGGCGGGAGACGAGGAGUGGAAAAUGAACUCGAACGUGCUCGUGGCGCAGGCUGAAUUUAAACUCGGCAACCUUCAGCAGGCCAUGACAUUCUUUGAACAGGCGCUGGAAAAAGCCAACUUGCUGGAUGACAACGCGGCGCAGGUGGCGAUCUCAAACGCUCUGCAGAACGUCCAGGAGGAGAUCGAGAUAGCGGACAAAGCCAAGGAAGAGGAGCUGGAAGAGCAUCGCAGGAAGCAGAGGUCCGGCAGGAUGGACGACGCAGAGACGAAAGGACAGACGGGUGAUCACGGUGGUUCAGCCCCGGAGGGAACUGCGGCCGAGGCGGGGGCGGUGAAAGGCGGGGCGGCGGAAGGGGGGCCGGAGGACGGGGAGGCAGCAGAGACGACGGGCCGAGGGGAGGAGACCGGCGAAGGAGCGACGGCCGAAGGCGAGGCGGGCCGAGGGGAGAAGGAGGAGUGAAACGUGCCUGGGAUUGACCCGAUAACGGGUCGCCCCCUUGGCUUUGCUUCCUACGCCUCUCAACCGUCUGGCCUUGUCAGCAAAGGAUUGAUUUUAUGAAAAUCAAUAAACCUGUUCGU